GAAUUAUUUUUGAUGUAUUGUUGUUAGCCUUUGAUGGCAAUAUGAACAACACACCAGCUCAACCUCCCGUAUCUAGAGUGGAUGGAACAAAAUAUACUAAUAACUAUCACAAAGAAAAUAAAGGUCGAGGCGAACAACGACAAAACUCUGUUAGUGAUGCAGUGCACGGCUCCAACUCGGCUAUGGAAAACGAUGACUUGCUGCCAAUGGAAAACAACUCAGUGGACUUGGAAGACUUUGCAAAAGAAAGUGACGCAGUUAUUACUCUGCUACCGGUGGAAUUGGGAGAGCAGUCUGAGAACUGGUCAGAAGAAAAUAAUGUGGCUUUCCUCUCCACAGCAACAGGAACAGGACAACCUAGCUUUGGUUUUGAAAGUUUUGAUGAAGCCCAAAGAUAUGCAGUUGGUUGUUUGGUAGUAAACGUUCUUUCCAACUUGUUGAACGUGGGUCUACAAGUCAUAGUAUAUUCAUCCUCUUCUCAAGAAACAAUUAGAAGAACCAAGGACAAGAUACAAGACGACAAACACUUUGCAAACCGUUUUUCGACUAUUUUAUUGGAUGCAUUAGGUUUAAAGGAAGAGGCUAAGCAAGCUAUACUUUGCAUACCUUCUCUUUGUUUGGAAAGUGAAAGGGUCGAAGAUACGUUGGAAGAAACAAAGAUUCAUUGCGUCAACUUGUUGGGAGAUAUGUCCAACAGGUUUUGUGCUAUUCAAGCUCUUGUUCAAGUAGCUAUUUGUAGGGGGAAAUACGACUCCCGAGCUCGAGUCAUUUUGCAAAGGACUUGUUCACAACUCUCUAUCGAAUGGAACAAGUUUGCUAUGAUUGAAAUGGCACUGGCUGUACAAUUGAUAGAGACCCAUCCAAUAUCUGAACAUGAUACAGAACAAGAUGAUGCUGAGGAACAAGAGAGAACGAUUGCGCCUUCUUCCUCUUAUCAACAACAAAUAGACGAUGCAGUUGAAGAUGCAUGGGAUGAGGAAGAUGCUAGACACAGAAUAGAAAAGUUGAGAACAAGAAGAAGAAGAAUCCGAGCAUUGAAGAUUGGAGGAAUAACGGUUGCUGGUGGAGUUGUUUUUGGGUUAACUGGAGGUCUCAUUGCACCUCUACUAUUACCAGCACUUGCUGCAAUGGGUCUUGCUUCUGCAGGUACUUUGGCAGGUACUACUAUGGGAACUACCAUUGUAGGUUCCCUAUUCGGUGCAGGUGGUGCUGCUUUAACAGGAAAGAAAGCUCGUAGAAGGACAAGUUCUCGAGUGAAGGAAUUUCUAUUUGAAAGAGCUGAUGGAAUGGAUCCCAACCGUGAUGAAGAAGAAGGAGGUUCAGCUUAUUCAUAUACUCCUGGUCUUCAUGUCUGCAUUGCCAUUCCUGGAUGGCUUGGCAAAUCUGGAAGUAGACCAGGCUCUUGUGCAGCAAUAUUUGCUUCAGACUUGGAAGAGUUGCUUCCUUGUUCUGAGCGGUUUGCAUUGCGAUGGGAAUCUAAAAGAUUGAAGCAGAUGGGUAGAGCUUUUGCCAAGUUUUGGGCGAGUAAAACAGCACAAACGUUGGCUCAACAAGCAGUGACUCAGUUAGGUGGAGUAUUUUCAUUGAUAGCUGGUGCUUUUUUGGCUGCCAUCGCUUGGCCUCUCACAGUCGUCUCUGUAAUGGAUUAUAUAGAUAAUCCUUGGUCUCAACUUAUUUCACGAGCAGAUGGAGCAGGAGAUACUUUAGCCGAUGUUCUAGCUGAAAGAUGCCAUGGAAAUAGGCCAGUCACUUUAGUAGGAUUUUCACUUGGUGCUAGAGUAGUAUUCAAAUGUCUACUUUCAUUGGCAGAUAGACGAUGUUUUGGCGUAGUUGAUCAUGCGUUUCUUAUUGGAGCACCAGUUACAGGAAGUCCUUCUCAAUGGAAAAAGGCAAAAGCUGCGGUUGGUGGUCGUCUUGUAAAUGCAUAUUGUGGAACCGAUUGGGCACUAACAUUCUUUCAUCGUGGAAUGGCCAAUAGUGCUACUAGUGUAGCUGGUAUUCGUAGAGUAAGAGUCACGAUGAAGGCACAAGUAUCUAACAAUGGAACCAAUCACUUUGUGAAUGAUAAUGAGACGUUAGAUAAUGUAAAGGAUAGAUCUAUUUCGAUAGAAUUGGUAGAAAAUGUGGAUUUGGCAGCGAUAGGUGUGCAAGGACACAAGGACUAUCGCAAUCUAUUGCGUCGCAUAUUAGAAUGUGUCGGAAUUGGUAGUGGUCAUGUUUCAUUGCCUCCUGCAGUUGUGCGUUCCAAGAGCCUAUCGCCUAAUUGGAUAGAUGAAGACUUGGAAUCGCUAUCCAGAAAUCACGGCAAGAAGAAGAAAAGUAAAUUUCGCUCUUGGAAAACUCCUACAGAAGAACAAUGGCAACAAAAACAUAAAGAAAUGGGAACUAAUGCCGAUGCUUUGUUGAUAGCAGGAGACGAUGAUGAGGAAUUAGCACAAGACCGAAUGGAAGUCAAUAAGGAUGAUCCUUGGAAUUAUCAGAAGGAAAGCAAACAGAACAACUCCUCUAAAUGGAACUUCACAUCCUUUACCAAUUUAUUUCGAAAGAAAAAGAAGGAUGAGAAUCUUGUUGGAAAUCAACCAGAUAAGGAUUCCGUUACAAUGCAGCAAAGCACGAGUGAUGCAUCUCAUAGCUAUAGUAACAAUAGUGAAGAUGAAGAUGAAACCAAUUUAUUCAUUGCGAAGAAGUUGGAAUAUUCUACAAUAAGAAGAAUGGUUGAUAAAGACACUGGUGAACUUCUCAUGUUGGAUACAGCAGAUGAUACAUUACUUGCAUCAUCCCAAUCUAAUAUAGAUGCUUUGCUUUUUGAAGAGGAGCCCAAUCAUUGUAAAAGUGAUAAGCCUUACUUAUCUAAAGAUACUCCCAAAGUGGAAGUCAUUUCUAUAGAACAAGGCGGUAUACCUAUUCAUGUAGGAUGUGAAGUUGCUGGUGGACGAUUUGCACGCUUCUUUUGUCAAGGCACAAAACCUCCCGCAAGGCGUUCUCAAGUAUUCACCACAUUUGGAGAUGGUCAAACAGCGGUUGAUAUUAGAGUUCAUGGAAGUGGUCGUCUUCGAAACAAAGCAAGAUUGAUGCCCCUGUUAGGUCAUGGAGAGUUGAUUCUAAGCAAGUCUGUUCGAGAUGGGAAAAAUACUUUUGUAUGGGUUAUAUUUGAGAUAACAGAGAGAGGUGGGCUAUGGGUAACUGCGAAUGAGUUGGGUAGUGGUUGGGAGAAUUCACAACCAGUGCAAUCAGAAGAUAUUGUUGGUUCCAUACAAUUUUUCAUUUCAGCAGAAAAAUUAGCGGAAGAGAGAAAUAAACAACGAUAUGAUGCAGCUAUUAUGAUUCAGUCUACAUGGCGUAGAUAUAUUGCAAGGAAAAUAUAUUUACAACUAAAGGAAAUGCAUAGUCGAAAUCGAACCUUGGAGCAAAGUAAUGAAUUCGCAAAAAUGGAGACUUGAAGGCUUUUUCUUAAUAGUACCUAGACUGAGUGAUAGAGUCUUGUAUUUUGGACCCUAUUGAAACUUCAAUUGUUGUUAGUAUUGCAAAUAAGUAUGAAAAUGUAUUUUUUGGCAAAUAUUCAAAACCAAUGGAUCUCUAAAUCAUUUCAUAAGAGAUCGAAUUUGUAUUGAAUAUUUGUUCAAACUAUUCCGUGAGUUGAGGAGCAAUGCUAUCUUUGUCCUUUUGAAAUUUGUAUCUUUCGCUUUAUUCUUCACAUGCACUGCACGAAACUGUGUUUUUCAAAGAUAGUCAAACUGUUGAGUGCCAUCGUAUGUCUACUUUGUACGAUCCCGUUUCAACAAAUACUCAUCUUUUUAGCAAAAUUGUUCAAAGUUGAAAACGAUACAGCAUCCAAUCAUUGUACAUAAAAUGCGAUGACAACAA